GACUGCUUUGUUUUGUUUUUGCUGGCAAAGAUGAGAAAAAAGUGGAGCUUGGAACACUUCAGACUUCUUUUUGCCUGUGUCCUCUGCCUCCUUUUUAUGGAAGGAAGUAAAACAGAACAAGGCAAAUAUUCUGAGACUUACUGCGUGUUUCAAGAUAAGAAGUACCGCGUAGGAGAAAGGUGGCACCCAUACCUGGAACCGUAUGGAAUCGUUUACUGUGUUAACUGUCUCUGCUCAGAGAAUGGAAAUGUGCUGUGUAACAGAAUACGAUGCCCAAACCUCCACUGCCCUACCCCAAUCCACGUGCCUCAACUCUGCUGCCCACGGUGCCCAGAUGAUUCCCUUUUUACCAUGGGCAGUAAGGUCACUGGGAAGUCGUGUGAAUACAAUGGCACAACCUACCACCAUGGAGAAAUGUUUGUGGCAGAGGAACUCUUUCAGAACAGACAAGCCAACCAAUGUGCCCAGUGCAGCUGCUCUGAAGGAAAUGUCUAUUGCGGCCUAAAGACAUGUCCCAAGUUAACUUGCUCUUCUCCAACAUCUGUGCCUGAUUCAUGCUGCCCAGUUUGCAGAGGAGAUGGGGAAUUAUCAUGGGACAACUCUGAUGGUGACAUCUUCCGGCAACCAGCAAACAGAGAAGCCAGACAUUCCCCUCCUCGCUCCCAUUAUGAGCUGCCACCCAGCAGUGCCAGGCAAGCCACCCACAUUCCACGAUUCAGCAGCGGCCGAAGUAACAGAGGAGCCCUACCAGAUCUGCAGCAGGCGUCUGGGACCAUUGUACAGAUAGUCCUCAACAACAAACAUAAGCAUGGACGAGUGUGUGUUUCCAAUGGAAAAACCUACUCGCAUGGGGAAUCCUGGCAUCCCAACCUCCGGUCCUAUGGGAUUGUGGAAUGUGUGUUGUGCACGUGCAACAUAACCAAGCAAGAGUGUAAAAAAAUCAAUUGCCCCGAUCAAUAUCCCUGCAGGCAGCCGAAGAAGAUUGAAGGGAAGUGCUGCAGAGUCUGCAUAGAAGAAACUGAAAAUCAGAACCUUGACAAUAAAGAUUACUUCUGCGGUGAAGAGACUCUUCCUGUGUACGAAGCCCUUUUCACAAAGGGGGAAGAAACCAUCCGAAAGAUAGCAGUGAAGACAGAGAAGCCACCACAGGUAGAAGUCCACCUGUGGACCAUUAGGAAAGGGGUCCUAAGCCAUUUUGACACAGAGAAACUAUCCAAGACGGAAUUUGAUGAACUUUCUCACUUCAAGCAGAUCACAAGGACCACUCUGAGCCAGUGGAAAAUAUUCAGCGAGGGAGAAGCUCAAAUCAGCCAGAUGUGCAGAAGCAGAGUGUGCAGGACCGAACUGGAGGAUUUGGUCAAAGUUUUGUAUCUCGAGAAGUCUGAGAAGGACCACUGUUAAGAGAGCAUCAGAGCAGGAGCCCCAAGGAAACUGUCAAAGGCAUCGAUCUGUUGCUGGACUGCAGGCACGGUUCACUUCUGCUAGCAGUGCCUUGGAGGCCAAUAUCAUCAAGCCCGUCAAUAUUCAUCUCAUGCCCAGUGUAACUUGCUGCUUUAUGCAAUAGA